AUGGACGCUCACAUGAACUUUAUCACACGCCGAUGUGAUAUUUGCCUCGAGCAAGUCCCAGUCGCCGAAUCUGAACGACCAGGCUAUGAACACGUCCAUUGUUACCACUGCAUACAGGCGAACGCCGCCAGAGCACUAGGUUCGACGGCAUUUGAACUGGCGAAGUGUUGCAAGGUGUUCCCCUUGGCACUCCUCGAGCAAGCCGGCGCUCUUACUGGAAACGGCGAGAUGGUUGAAUACACUCGAAAGCUCGAAGAGCACACGGACCCACGCAACAAAGUGUACUGCCACGACCAGGAUUGCAGCAAAUUCAUCCCCAACGACAGCCGUACUCGCCGAGUCGGCACCUGUUCCUGCGGAAAGAAGACCUGCAAAUCCUGCGACCAGGAAAAGCUACGAGAAGUUGAGGAGAACGGCCGAUCCCUUCGACAGCUCGCCGAUCGAAAGGGCUGGCGCUGUUGCCCGAACUGCCUCACAGUCAUUGAGAAGACUGUUGGUUGCAACAAAGUCGAAUGCACUUGUGGCCAGCACUUCUGCUACCGAUGCGGCGAACCGUUCUACUCGCAAUUCAACCCCCAUCAUUGUCCCGCCGUCAACCAGGGUUGA